AGUAUUGAAUCAGGGUAUUAACUAAUAUUAUAAAAAUAAUAAAAGCAAUAUGAGAGCUUCAAGUAUCCUCAACUUUCAACACAGUAGUAUAUCUAGUUUAAAGAGACCAUGGCAACAUUUUAAAGAUGGUCUGUUAUGGUAUGGGUUCUCCAAGAGUGGUUCCAAAAGACUUCCAUUAACUACUAAGCAAGGUAAUAAAAAUUAUUAUAAAGGUACUCGUUCUUCUGGUAUUGGUAGAUUAAAUAAGCAUGCCAGAUAUUUAAUUAACUGGAGUAAAGUUAGAACUUAUGUUGUACCAGAUUUAUCUAAAACUGAAUUAAAAGCUCUUGUUUCGCCUAAUUCACCACAAAUUCUUCAAAAAAUUAGUGGAUAUGAAGAUGGAUUUAAAAAUCCUGAAUUUGCAUUAAAUCAAGCCAUAAACUUUGUUGAACAUGGAGAAAAUUAUAGUCAAACAGAUUUGGAAAAGACUCAAUACCUUGAUCAUAUAGUUAAUCCAAAUAUUGAAAAUAAUGGUACUUUUGAAAAACUUGAAGAACAAAAAUGAAUAGAAAAUGUAUAUAUAUAUUUAAGACAUCCAAAGUCUGUCUGUCAUACAUUGUAUAUAGUAUUUAAUGGAAACCGUAAUGAAC